GCUAGUGGAUGAGACCUUCACGGUGGACGAGGUGCGGGACAUGCUGGACGGGCUGCAGCUAGUGGUGCGAGGAGAGGUGGAGACAGAGCUCAUCAACACAGCCCACACCAACGUGCUGCUGCUCCGGCAGCUCUUCUCCCAGGCAGAGAAGUUCUACCUCCAUCUGCAGACUGACAUCUCGGAGCUGGAGAACAGGUGGGCUGUGGGGUGGCUGUGAGGAGGGGUGGGAUGGCUUGGAGGUGGGAUGAGGGGUGGCUGCGAGGGCAGGCUGAGGCCCACUUUCAGAUUUAAAACAGAUGGAAGUACAUGAUAGACUCCCGAGUGGCGCAGUGGUCUAAGGCACUGCAUCGCAGUGCUAGCUGUGCCACUAGAGAUCCUGGUUCGAAUCCAGGCUCUGUCAUAGCCGGCCGCGACCGGGAGACCAAUGGGGCGGUGCGCAAUUGGCCCAGCGUCGUCCAGGGUAGGGGAGGGAAUGGCCGGCAGGGAUGUAGCUCAGUUGAUAGAGCAUGGCGUUUGCAACGCCAGGGUUGUGGGUUCAAUUCCCACAGGGGGUAUGAAAAAAUAAAUAAUGUAUGCAUUAACUGUAAGUCGCUCUGGAUAAGAGCGUCUGCUAAAUGACUAAAAUGUAAAUGUAAAUGUAAAUCUCAGUGCUUGAGGCGUCACUACAGACCCCCUGGUUCGAUUCCAGGCUGUAUCACAACCGGCCGUGAUUGGGAGUCCCAUAGGGCGGCACACAAUUAGCCCAGCGUCAUCCGGAUUUGGCCGGUGUAGGCCGUCAUUGUAAAUAAGAAUUUGUUCUUAACUGACUUGCCUAGUUAAAUAAAGGUUAAAUAAUAAAAAAUAGCAGUAGGUAGUACUGAGAAUUAGGCAGUGUGUGAAGGUAUAUGGGAUUUCAAGGGUUAAUAACAGGGUGAAACUCAGGUGGGAAGCAACCUUUUAACCCCAACAUGCCUCUGUGUGUAGCCUGUCAGUAGAGCCACUUAUUAUGUAUGUAUCAAGUGUUUGAGCAGUGAGCCCCCCCCCCCCCCCCCCCGCAUUCAAAGCAGAAGCCACUUCCUUCAGUGUUUUUCAUGUGCACUGUGUAUGCAAGGCACUGAGGUCAUUGCCGAGCCACUCAUUCUUAUGCGAAUGGUACCCUGCUUUUCCAUUUCUGUGGUUUCUUACUCUCACUGAAAUGUAGCCAGAUCCAACCACAGCUUGUGUGACCUGUGCGGGUGGAGUAGUUCAUAUGAUACGAUACCUAGGUGAUGUUUGUUUGGGUUGAUGAUGCCUGCCUUGCCUGGCAUAUAUUGUCAGGAAGUUUGCUUUUCUCCACAUGCAGUGUAGUGAAUUUUUUAAAAAAGUUAACAUGUACAUUUCUGUAUUUUGGCAGCUACUUUUGUCCAAAUUAAUGCCAUUAAGAAAAUGUAAAUGUACUAGGCUACGUGGAGACAAAACAAAAUGUGUAGAAAAAACUGCCAAUGAAAGGUCCCUGUUGCAUCCAGGGUUACUAAGCAUGGCUGCCAAGAAUGUCUUACAGCAGUGCUUAAUAACAAGCCUGGACACAGAGGGAUGUGGGAAUGUUCGCUACCGUUAAAAACGGCUAUAUAUCUCAUGGGGAGGUGUUGUCACAUUUUUACUUUGCCCCUCAAGGGCAUACUGACACUGUGCCAAAAAACGUAUUAGCGCAUUCCCUUUUAUCACGCUGAAUUUACCACAGGAUCAUUCAUCAUGGUGCCUCAGACCAGAGUUGCUAAAGAUAUAACAGGGAACAAUACAGUCGGGUCAGCAGUGAAACGUUGGCAACUAGCUGGUCGCGCAAUUAAUCUCAAUGCCUCCCUUCCGAAAUCUAAACUCUGAUUUAGGGCUUUUGGAGCAAUUACGUAAUGGAUUAUCAGGUAACAGUUUCCCGCACUCCAUUCCCUCUUUUCCCCACCAAUAAGAUGAAAUGGGAGGAUGAGGCUAAGGACUUUUCCCUCACACUCACUCACUCCCCCACUCUGUGGAUGGAUCUGAACUUGUUACUGGGGCACAGGAACAUGCCACUGUGAAAUGUAUAGCAUAGCUCUGUGAUGUGGAGGACAAUUCCAGGCCCAUGGACUGUGUUAAUGUGUCUUUUAGAGAGGGAGGGGAAAGCCAUUCCUUUUACAGCCCCAACUUUUUGAUAUUGAAAAGCUGGCAGUCCAUCAGCACGGUAGAAUGCUGUGGUUACAUGGCAAAUUGACCGAGAGAGACCAUUUUUGUACUUUACAGACAAUACUUUGAUUUGCCUAUACUGUGGCUGUGAAUAUACUGUAGUUGCGAGGUUGGUGCAUGAGUGUGAGGGGAUGAGCUAUAUAAUGCUGCACAAUUCACUCCAAGGGACUAGAAUGACUACUGUGCAACAAAAGCCAUGAGCCCAUAUGGAUUCUAUUUGAGUUAUGGCACUGCUAGCAGGUCUUUGUUUGUAUUUGACAUCUAACAACUAACAUCUGCUGAAUUGAGAAUAUUAGCUAACGGAGCUUAAACUCCAUUUGACCUUUAUUACACUGACACCAGUCAAACAAAAACAAAACAUAAAAAAAACAAGGCCUGUGCUUUUGUAGAUUGUUUUUGUUGAGUUUGUAGUACGCCUACAGUCACUUGAUAAGAUAACCAAGCCCUUGAAAGUGUUAGGUAGGCCCCAAUCCUGUGUGGCUGUUAGUAGGGCGUCAGAAGCAGGGAAUACGCCCCUAGUAGCCACAUAUCUACGUGCGUUCUGCAGCUUUUUCAAACCACAUAUGCAGUAAGCGUGUAGGUGCUUUGUUCUCCACAAGCAUUUCAUGUUAAACUGUCUUCAGGAGGACAAGUGUGUUUUAUUUUUCUUAAAGAUACUUAACUAUCAGUUGGCUGCUCCGCUAUACUUGACGUCAAAUGUUUUGCAAUAUGUUAUACAUCAAUUUCAUAAUGAAACAUGUAGCUGUAAUAGGCCAACAAGUCAGUACACUGACACUCACUGUAUGAUAUCAAACAUUCUGUCAUUACUCUGCUUUGUUUGUAUCCCACAUGGGGUCCUGUGUGGCUCAGUUGGUAGAGCAUGGCGCUUGCAAUGCCAGGGUUGUGGGUUCGAUUCCCACGGGGAACCAGUAUGGAAAAUGUAUGCAUUCACUACUGUAAGUCACUCUGGAUAAGAGUGUCUGCUAAAUGACAAAAAAAUUAAUUAAGCCAUAAAUGUGCUAAUUGUCUAAUUUACAUGUCAUAAUUUUUAGUCUUUCUUUUUCUCUCCCCCUUUUUUAUUUUAAUUAUCUGCAGAGAGUUGUUAGAGCAAGUGGCGGAGUUUGAGAAGACUGAAUUUAAAAACCUAAAUAAGGUGAGUGCUAACUGUAAAGCCCAACCACUUAGACUUUUAUGCAACCAUUUCCCCUAUAUAAAAAUAAGCAUGAAUUUAUUACAUGUUUAUUCAUACUGGUUAAGCUGAAUUAUUGCACUUACUUUAAAUACACAGCACUUGAAUCGUAUCACAAUUGGAAACUGCAGACCACACAAUGUGACCAUAGAAAAUCAACAAUUUGUAGUCAUCAGCCCUCUGAUAGGAACAUCUCUUCUAGCACUUCACGCCCACCCCAUGCAAAACAUUUCUAUCACUUCACACCCAUGCAACACAUUUCUAUGAAAUCCAGACUUCAGGCUUGUGGAGGUGUGGGUUUUCACUUGAGGCUGAACAACAACAACAACAACUACUAAGUUUCACUUAGUUUAUAAGUUAAUGUUUUAAGUCGAUGUUAUCAAAGUCAUUGACAGCUGAAAUCACGCAUUGAAAAUAAGUGUGAAUUUAUUACAUGUUUAUUCAUACUGGUAAAGCUGAGUUAUUGCACUUACAUGAAAAAACUGCAUUGUUAGUUAAGGGCUUGUAAGUAAGCAUUUCACUGUAAGGUCUACACCUGUUGUAUUCUGUGCAUGUGACAAAUACAAUUUGAGUUGAUUUGAUACACAGCACUUGAAUCGUAUCACAAUUGGAAACUGCAGAACCACACGAUGUGACCAUAGAUAAAGAACAACAGUGUGGUCAUCAGCCCUCUGAUAGUAACAUCUCUUCUAGCGCUUCACACCCACCCCCAAUGCAAAACAAUUCUAUGAAAUCCACACUUCAGGCUUGUCGAGGUGUGGGUUUUCACUUGAGGCCGAACAAUUCACCAACAACAACUCGUGUGUUUCACUUUGUUUUUAAGUGAAUGUUUUAAGUCCAUGAUAUCAAGGUCAUUGACGGCUGAAAUCAUGCAUACAUGCCAUUUAUUGAUGGGAGAGUAUGUGCUCUACUUUACUUCAUUUUAUAGUACUACUGAUAUUGAUUACUGCAUUGUUGGGAAAGAGCUUGCAAGAAAUGCAUUUCACUGUACUUAUGCACGUGAAAAUGUAAUUUGAAACUUGAAACAUGCCUUGCUUCCUUACCUAGACUAACCAGGAAAUUAGCAAGCCCAAGUUAGCACCGCUGAAUGAAGGUGGGGGGGUAUCUGAACUUCUCAACAAGGUAAAGAACUCAACUCUCCUGUGGUAAUAUAGAGUUAGCAGAAUUAACACCAGGUCAUUGUAUGAGACUCAUGCGUAAUUGUUACAUGACAUUGGUUUUUCAUCAGGAGAUAUCCAGGCUACAAGAGGAAAACGAUAAGCUCAAAGGCAGGCUCCGGACUUUGGAAACCCAGGUACAGUGGCUUGCGGAAGUAUUCACCCCCCCCCCCCCCUUGGGAUUUUUCCUAUUUUGUUAUUCUUACUGAAAUGCACUCUACUUCUUGUAACUUUCAUCAUAUUUUGUGCUCAUGUUUUCAUCUAACCUACACCUGACCUUGCUAAUUGAAUGAUCAAUGUUGGUAUCACUUUUAUGAAGUAUCUUGCAGUAUACUGAUUGUGUUUCAGGCCAUGGGUGUGUUGGAUGAGAAGACCAAGGCAGAGAGGGCUCUCAAAGACCUGCAGAAGGUCCAGGGGGAACAGCAGGUACUGUAGCACUAUAAGGUCAUGGAUUAACAAUAUAACAGACAAACCUGGGCCAAAGGAACAUAAGAUGACUAUUGCACUUUACUUUUCACUCAGUAGUAUUUCCUGUUUCCUUCCUAUUUUGAUUUGUACAUUGUAGUAUUUUUGCCUUUUAACUAAGUUGACCCCUUGUAUUUAUGAUGUUGAAGCUUUUGUCGUAUUUUUUUCUGAACAAUUACUAUUAUUUUGUUUGCUUUCAUGGAAAACAACUGGUAUGUAUCAAUCCGACACUAUGUUUUGUGUGUUGAAUACAUGUCCAUCUAAGGGUGCAUCCCAAAUGGCUCCCUAUUCCCAUAGGGCUCUGCAAUGUAUAGGGAAAAGGGUGCCAUUUGGGACGUAGCCUAAAAGUCCACCCACUGAAGUGCUGUGUUUCUUUCCCCAAGAUGGCCACCCGUUCUCAGGAGAUCACUAGUCUCGAGGACACGGUGGCAGCACUGCAGGAGGACUACCAGAAGUCCCUGAGUGUCAAUGCUGCCUCCCAGAGAGACCUGCAGGACAACCUGGUCUCUGCCAAACACGACCUGCUCAGGGUACAGGAACAGCUGGCCCUAGCAGAGAAGGUACGUCCCUCUACCCCAUACUGGUACCUUUCAUAGAAAUCAUGCAUUGAUGGCAAUCAAUGGAAGAUUGGGUGAACUUAGGUGAAGUGUCUCAAGUAAGCAUUUGGCUCAAGAGCUAUGGACCCAAUUAUAUCCGCUAUAUUUGCCAAUAAGAGGUUAUCAUGCAACCCUGUUGUGUGUGUGUGUGUGUGUGUGUGUGUGUGUGUGUGUGUGUGUGUGUGUGUGUGUGUGUGUGUGUGUGUGUGUGUGUGUAGGAGCUGGAUAGGAAGUUCCAGCAGACGUCUGCCUACCGCAACAUGAAGGAGAUCCUCACCAAGAAGAACGAGCAGAUCAAGGACAUCAGGAAACGCCUUUCA